UGGAUGUGCUUGGCUGCAGCGCUGGCGUCUUUUCUGGCGGGAUUUAUGAUGGGUUGGUUUAUUAAGCCUCUCGAAGAAACAGCAACUUCAGUGCGCUAUCAUGAAAGUAUACGGUGGAAACUGGUCUCAGAAAUGAAAGCUGAAAACAUUAAAUCAUUUCUUCGUUCUUUUACAAAGCUACCUCAUCUGGCAGGAACAGAACAAAAUUUACUGCUUGCCAAGAAGAUCCAAACCCAGUGGAAGAAGUUUGGACUAGAUUCAGCCAAGUUGGUUCAUUAUGAUGUUCUCCUAUCUUACCCUAAUGAGACAAAUGCCAACUACAUAUCAAUUGUGGAUGAGCAUGGAAUUGAGAUUUUCAAAACAUCAUACCUUGAACCACCACCAGAAGGAUAUGAGAAUGUUACCAAUAUUGUACCACCAUAUAAUGCUUUCUCAGCCCAGGGCAUGCCAGAGGGAGAUCUUGUAUAUGUGAACUAUGCCCGUACUGAAGACUUUUUUAAACUAGAAAGAGAGAUGAGCAUCAACUGCACUGGAAAGAUUGUUAUUGCAAGAUAUGGGAAAAUCUUCAGAGGAAAUAAAGUUAAAAAUGCCAUGUUAGCAGGAGCCAUAGGAAUCAUCUUGUACUCAGAUCCAGCUGACUACUUUGCCCCUGAGGUGCAGCCAUAUCCUAAAGGAUGGAACCUUCCUGGAACUGCAGCCCAGAGAGGAAAUGUAUUAAAUUUGAAUGGUGCUGGUGAUCCACUCACUCCAGGCUAUCCAGCUAAAGAGUACACCUUCAGACUUAACAUUGAAGAUGGAGUGGGAAUCCCCCAAAUACCUGUACAUCCCAUUGGAUAUAAUGAUGCAGAAAUAUUAUUACGCCCUAUGGGAGGAACUGCUCCACCAGAUGAGAGCUGGAAGGGAACACUCAAUGUGAGUUAUAAUAUUGGACCUGGCUUUACAGGGAGUGAUUCUUUCAGUGAAAAAUCGAUCAUUUUAUGUCACUUAAGAAUUGACUGUACACCCCUUCUUUACCAAUUGGUAUAUAAACUGACAAAAGAGAUCUCUAGCCCUGAUGAUGGUUUUGAGAAUAGAUCACUUUAUGAAAGCUGGUUGGAAAAAGACCCUUCACCUGAAAAUAAAGAUUUUCCUAGAAUCAAUAAGCUGGGAUCUGGAAGUGAUUUUGAAGCUUAUUUUCAGAGACUUGGAAUUGCUUCAGGCAGAGCCCGUUAUACUAAGAAUAAGAAAACAGAUAAGUACAGCAGCUACCCAGUAUACCACACAAUUUACGAGACAUUUGAAUUGGUAGAGAAUUUUUAUGACCCCACAUUUAAAAAACAGCUUUCAGUGGCUCAAUUACGAGGAGCACUGGUAUAUGAGCUUGCAGACUCUAAAAUCAUUCCUUUCAAUAUUCAAGACUAUGCUAAAGCUUUGAAAAACUAUGCAACAAGUAUCUACAAUUUAUCCAAAAAACAUGAACAACAAUUGAGAGACCACGGAGUAUCAUUUGACUCCUUAUUUUCUGCUGUGAAAAACUUCUCAGAGGCUGCUACAGAUUUUCAUAGAAGGCUCACACAAGUUGAUCUUAAUAAUCCCAUUGCAGUGAGAAUCAUGAAUGACCAAUUGAUGCUCCUGGAAAGAGCAUUCAUCGAUCCCCUUGGUUUACCAGGAAGGCAGUUCUAUAGGCACAUCAUCUUUGCUCCAAGUAGCCACAACAAAUAUGCUGGAGAAUCAUUUCCUGGGAUUUAUGAUGCUAUGUUUGAUAUUGAAAAUAAAGCAGACCCUCAUUUGGCCUGGACAGAAGUAAAGAAACAUAUCUCUAUUGCAGCUUUUACAAUUCAAGCAGCAGCAGGGACUCUGAAAGAAGUGUUAUAGGAAGGUGUCAGCCAAGUGGCUAGCCGUUAAAGGUGUUGUGGGAAGUCUGAGGUUAAAGUUUAUCUUUCUUUGUGAUGAGUCAUAAAUCCAGAGUUAAAAUCUUCCUUUUCAUGUCAUGUUUUCAUUUUAGACUUCCACCAUGUUAAUCUGCAAAGAGUUUUCUGACUCUUUAAAAAUUAAUAACUACACUGCCAUACUGUUAAUCUAACAAAAUAAAACAAAAAACUCCUGUCAUGUGGCAGAAUAAGAAAGUAGCAGAAAAUUCCCUAAAAUAAAUUAUGGCAAAGGACUUGACCUCUCAGACAUUGCUGGUGGGAAUGUAAAAUGGUACAACUAUUUUGGCCAUUUUUUACAGCGUUAAAUAUAUACGUACUUUAUGACCUCCCAAUUCCACCUCUAGGUAUUCAUUUAAUCAAGGAAAGCACACACACACCCCCAAAAAGAUCACAAAAGACUCCUGCAUGCAUGUUCACAGAAACUUGAAGUGGAAACAACCCAAAUGUCUAUCAACAGAUGAAUGGAUAAAUUGUGGUAUAUCCAAUGGAAUGCUACUCAACAAUAAAAAUGAAAGAACUGUCAAUACAUUCAAUAUUAUUAGCAGAUAUUGUUGAGGGAAAAGAAUCUAGUUACAAAAGAGUACACAGUACAUGAUUCGAUUUAUAUGAAGAAGUGGCAAAAUGAAUCUGUUCAUAGAAAUUAGAUCAGUGAUUGCCUGGGUAAGUGAUAGGUGGGGGAAGACGGCUGCAAAGAAGCAUGAGGAAACUUUCUUGGAUAAAUGGGAGUUUUCUGUAUCUUGAUCUAGGUGGUGGUUACACAGGUGUGUACAUUUUUCAAGCUCAUCAAACUACAAACUUAAAAUGUGUACAUUUUAUUGUAUAAAAAUUAUUCUGCAAUUAAAAUAAUAAAAUUUGAUUACAAAAAAUAAAACGAAAUAACAAGUCUGGCAAGGAAAUAAGAAUAGCAUACCUUCUCAUCUGAAAUCACCACGGAGUGCAGUCUGGAACAAAAGUCAAUAAUAUUCAUACUUUUGAUAACCUUAACUCUUGUGAAUAAACAUAUAACUCUGAUAGGUGAUGAAAAUAGCUGCCAAAAAAUCUUCAUACUUAACUUCUAUAAAGAAAGUAUAUCAGUAGAACAAAAAGAGGGAACCCUAAUGUAAACUUGAGUUAAUAUAUCAAUAUUGGCUCCUAAUUGUAACAAAUGUACCACACUAAUGUAACAUAUUAAUAAUAGGAGAGACUGUGUAUGUUUGUGGGGGGAGGGCAUGAGCACCAUCUGUACUUUCUGCUCACCUCUGUAAUCCUAAUACUGUUAUAAAAA